CUCCAUCUGCCGACAGGUUUCUUUUCUGUUCACUGUUCGGAGGACAAUUUCAUGAACCACUUGUACAGAGAGUACAGCUGCAAACCAUAAACAAAACCGAUGACAGAGAAAGAUAUUUCUUAUGUUGUAAAUUUUUGGUGCAUGUUUGAGGCUGGAUACAAUCAUUUAUGCUCAAUGCUUGCUGUGGACUGAAUGUGAAAAAGGAAAAGUUUUCCAUCAUGUCUGUAGACAAUGAUAGCGAAAGUCAGGACUGCCCGAAGUUUAAAUGGGUGGACAUUACCAAGGACUUUUUCGCUGCAUCAUCACAAUUACAGCUGGGAGAGCUGCUACAUGACACCUCGUUUGGCUUGUUUGAAGCAAUGUCUGCUAUUGAAAUGAUGGAUCCAAAAAUGGAUGCUGGAAUGCUGUGCAAUCAAAUCAAGCGAAAAGUGUUGACAUUAGAGCAAUGUGUUGAGGAGGGCAGUGUGAAAGUAUCAGGCCUUGAUUACCAAGAACUGAUUGGUAUAAUGGAUGCAACUCUGGCUUGUAUGGUGACUUGGAUAGAAGGCCAUUCUCUAGCCCAGACUGUGUUCACAAAUCUGUACCUGCAUAAUCCUUACAUCAUCGAAGACAGGUGUCUCAAGGCAUUCUGCAUCAUCAUGUUGAAGACAGUGGAUCACAUCCGAGAGAGGGUCAAUAGGGCUGGCACUGUGGAAGAGGAAGAUUUUCAGCCGAUGUCGUAUGGAUUCAAGAUGGCCGGUGAUGUGACAGUCACAAGGGCCUUAGGAAUGGUGAAAGAAGUGGAAGAGGAGCUUGGAAAAUUAAGCAAGAAUACAAGAAGCAAGCCUGGGGAAGAGAGGAGUGAGUCUCAGGAGCUACAGCACCAACUGGUCACCGCUCUUCACGUAAGGCUCAGAUUUUACAAGUUGUUCUACUCAAUGCUCCAGUCUUUUGCCAAAGAAAAGUGUGAGGGUCUUUCCACGGCCCAGAAACAGCUGACCCAAAUAGUAGAGUUAAUUCCCUUGAUGAAAUCCUCUGUGCCACUGGGCAUUCAGGAAGGUUCCAGUGCUGCUUCAAAGAAUGACUACCCAACAAUAAUGGGUUUUGAGCCUCUGAUCAACCAACGGCUCCUGCCGCCAACAUUUCCCCGGUACACCAUCAUCAAGCCCAGGCUGGAUUCCUUGGACUACAUCGGCGUUCUGGUUCAGACGCUGCAGGGAGUGACCACUGUACCCGAGCUUGCGUCCUUGCAUAAUACACUGGAAGCUUUCAUGGAUUUCAGCAAGUCAUCCCCUUGUGUUUUGUCAAGGUCCUUAUUGCAGCUCAUGCUCUUGCCCCCGAAUCGCCGAGUGUUUGGUCAGCAGAGUGUGGUGGAUGCUCUCAAGGACACCGUCAGAGCUUUCAUAGCUCCACCCGCCCUUUCCCCCAAAUCCUCCCUCUACAACAGCUCGGUGGCCAAAGAGUACGUGGACGCCCUGAUGUCGCGGGCGGCCCGGCCGCUGUGCACCAUGUUCCAGGUGACGGGCCACAACCGGGCGCGGCAGAGAGACAAGUGGGCGCACGUACUGGAGGACCUGUCCAAUCUGCAGGAGGAGGCGGACAAAGUUGAUGCGUUCUUGCACAGUAUGCUUGUGAAGACGGAGAGGAACAGGAACCAUUUGGCUUGCUUUGGAACCUGGGUGCUGUACCACACCCUCAAUGCCAUGAUCAAUUACACUUUGUCUGGUUUUGAGCUGGAGCUGUACGCCAUCUUUGAGUACCAGUACGUCUACUGGUACUUGUAUGAGCUUCUGUAUGCUUGGCUAGUGUCUACUUUGCACAGAGCGGACAGUUUUUUGCUGGAGGCUGAAAAUGCACCAGAUAUGACUCAGAAGGGCCGAAGCAGCAAGAAGAAGAAGAAAAAGAGAACUCGCACCUUGACCAGAGAACUGACCAUAGCUCAAGCAUACCAGCAGAUGUUUGGUGGUUAUUAUAAGGCUGUGGUUGCCUUCCAGCUGUGUGGCAAAUUGAAGGAGCCCAAGUUUCGCUUUGACAACGAGGAAGUUCGCUACAGCCACAGAUUCGCUCCCUUUGCUGCUGUCCUCACUCCCCCGUUUGUUCAGUACGCUCAAUAUAAGGAAACUUCAGAUCUGAAUCGGUAUGAACCUGUACCAACGUCCCAAGAAAUGUUUGGAUCUGCUUGCAAGUGCUUUUGCCAAGCCAAAGAACUCUUAGACUCAGUAUCUCCACAGUCAGAGGAAAUACAGACUAUGAUAAAGAUUGCCAAGACAAACUUUGUGGUGAUGAAACUUGUUGUAGGAGGACACAAAGGAGAUUCAAAGGACCCUCCCGACUUUGACUUCUCUCAGCACAAGGUCCUCCCUGUGAUCAAACUGGUGUGAUAGUUUUACAGAUAGUUACGGAUGAGCUGACUGAGAGAGGAAUGCGGAGGAUGGGAGAGUGGGAGAGUCUUCUGUGUUCGACUUAUGCGUGUUGAACUGUAGUUACGGAUGAGGUGACUGAGAGAGGCAUGCGGAGAGUGGGAGAGUCUUCUGUGUACACGGCUAGGACUGCAGACCGCCACGUUUGGAUGUAUUGACUGCUCAGCGUAAGACUCCCGUCAUAGGUCACUUUUCAAAAUGGUGUGUGGUGGAGUCUUACACCAAGCAGGCGAUUUGAACUUGAGUCAUUGUGCGGGUUUGACUGUCUUGGUCCCAAUGUGUUAAGGUAGAAUUACUUCAGACUUCACACUGCUGUAAAAGUGAAUAAAGGUGUAUUUUAGACCCCCCCCCCC